UGCCACGUCAUUGGUGUCAGUGGGAGGAAUAGUGUCCCAUCAUUGAUAUCAGUGGGAGGAAUAGUGCCCCAUCAUUGGUAUCAGUGUGGGAGGAAUAGUGCCCCAUCAUUGGUGUCAGUGGGGGGAGGAAUAGUGCCCCAUCGUUGGUGUCAGUGGGGGGAGGAAUAGUGCCCCAUCGUUGGUGUCAGUGGGGGGAGGAAUAGUGCCCCAUCGUUGGUGUCAGUGGGGGAGGAAUAGUGCCCCAU